CUAGAGCGCAGCCGCCGUGCCCUAUUCGCGCAGCCGGAACCCGGUUCGGAGUCCGAGCGCUUCUCCCGCGCGGGUCCUGUGGGCGGCUCCUCCCGUGGGGCGUGCGCUGGCUGGAGGAUUGCUGGGUUCCCAGAAGAGAGCAGCUGCCUGGAACGCAGAGAAAGAAUACGUCUCCCCACGACAUGGCAGGUAAGAAGGUGCUGAUCGUCUAUGCCCACCAAGAGCCCAAGUCUUUCAACGGCUCCUUGAAGCGAGUGGCCGUGGAGGAGCUGAGCAAGCAGGGCUGCACCGUCACGGUGUCCGACCUGUAUGCCAUGGACUUCGAGCCGAGGGCCACAAGGAAAGACAUCACUGGGGCCGUCUCUAACCCUGAGGUCUUCAAUUAUGGGGUGGAAGCCUACGAAGCCUGCAAGAAGAGGUGUCUGACCAGCGACAUCCUUGAGGAGCAGAAGAAGGUUCAGGAAGCAGAUCUGGUGAUUUUUCAGUUCCCGCUGUACUGGUUCAGCGUGCCAGCAAUCAUGAAGGGCUGGAUGGACAGGGUGCUGUGCCAGGGGUUUGCCUUUGACUUCCCAGGAAUCUACGAUGCUGGUUUUCUGAAGGGUAAAUUAGCCCUGCUUUCCCUGACCACGGGAGGCACGGCUCAGAUGUACACAAAAACUGGGGCCAGCGGCGAUUUCCGGUACUUCUUGUGGCCACUCCAGCAUGGCGCACUGCACUUCUGUGGAUUUAAGGUCCUUGCCCCGCAGAUCAGUUUUGCUCCUGAGUAUGCAUCAGAAGAAGAAAGAAAAGCCAUGGUGGCGUCCUGGGCCCAGAGGCUGAAAACCGUCUGGCAGGAGGAGCCCAUCCAGUGCACUCCCCCCUGGUACUUUGGGCACUGACGCUCCGUGGACCCAAGCACCUGCACGGCGCAGGCGGUGCUGCCACUCAGUGGGAUUUAGUGGGGUGUGCGAGGGGUGUCUUCCGGCUGUGGUUCAGUAGUCAGCAGCUCUGCGGACGCCUGUUCUGACUGAUCGUCACUCAGCCACGUUUUCCUUUCUCUGGGAUCUGUCGCUGUCUCAUGGUGACUUUGAUUUUCAGAUAGUUCUCUGGGCGUGGAGCUGGGCUUGUUGGGUUUAUUUUUCCACUUGGUUUUGUUUCAUGACUCAACUUGAGAGUUUCUACUUUUAUUAAUAGGAAAGUUUAAUCCAUUCAGAGCUUUUUAAAAAAUGGACACAUAACGGUAAAUAUUUAUGGGUUCAGUGUGAUAUUUUGGUACAGGUAUACAAUGUGUAAUGAUCAAUUCAGGGUGAUUAGCCUGUGUAUUACCUGAGACACUUUUUGUGGUGAGAACAUUGCAAAUCCUCUCUCAGCCAUUUUGAAAUACCCAAUAAACGAUCAUUAGCUAGUCGCCCUACUGCUCUGGAGGGCACUGGGACUUCUC